AUGAGUUCAUCUAAAGGAAGACAGCGGGCAAAUGUCCGGCAAUAUUCAGCAGAAGACCAGGCAUUGAACCAAAUUUCUGCAGAGGCCGAGUCGAGACUAGCUGCUAAAAGAGCAGCCAGAGCAGAAGCCAGAGAAAUUCGUAUGAAAGAAAUAGAAAAACAACAAAAAGAAGUUCGAGAAUAUGAUUCACGGAGGGGCAGUGGAGAUUCCACAGAAAGUGAUACAACCAAAGAUCCUAAAGAUAGAAAUUAUAAGCAAGAAUUACGAGAUCUUCAAGAUAAGUUUAAGAAUGCCAUGAUGACCAGUGCCCAGCUGGACAAUGAGAAACAGUCUCUAGUUUAUCAGGUUGAGUUGUUGAAAGAUCAGUUUGAGGAACAUGAAGAAGGAUAUUUAGAAUUACAGAGAGAAUAUAAAUCCAAGUGUAGUGAAAAUGGAUUAGUGAUAAUAACAGCAGAAUCUGGUGAAAUGUCCUUACAGAAAGACCAGUCAGCUAUUCCCAGUGGCUCCAUAUCCACAGGAGCAGCUUUACUUUCUGCUGAAACCAUUGAAAUAUUGAAAAAGGCUGGGGAGGGAUCUUUAGACGAGAAGUUAAAGAGGCUGGCCCAGGAGAAAAAGCAACUUCAUACGGAGAUUCAGAAGUUAAAGAACGAUAUAGAAGAAAAUAAAUCUAAGAAAAGUGAAGACACGUCCAAAGUACCGGUUAUAAAUGGCCCAGAACAACAACUAUAUGAAGUCCAACGUGAGGCCAGUAAACAGAUACAUGAUUAUAAAUGUAAACUACAAAAAGCAGAUCAAGAUUUAGCUACCUUAGAAGGAACUGUAAAUAGAUUAGAAACCCAGAUAAAACGGUAUAAAACUGAUUCUGAUGCCUCAGAGAAACUAGAAGACGAACUCAAAACAGAAAAACGUCGCUUACAGAGAGAGUUACGAGAAGCGCAAACACAAGUGGAAGAAUUAACCAAUCAGAACAAACAUCUUGUUAAGCGAUUAGAAAAAAUAAAACAAACACGAACUCAGUUUGGAAUUCCAACAUGAUGACGUUACACCACCAUGUUUGGUUUAGUUAUUUUAUUAAUUCUGUUACCAGUUGGACGUGUGAACUUUAUUCUCUUAGAUUCUUGCUUCAGCUUUAUUUUCAUUUCAACUCAAAUUCAGUGGUGCGCUAUCAAAAACAUUAACAUUAGGUAUAAGGGGGUGAAAGCCGACCAGGCUAGCUCUUGGAAGCAUUGGCACAGGCAUCAUCAUUUUUCUUAUCUUGAGGAGGAUUCACACCCACAGCACCUAAUCACCUUCCAGACGACACUGGAUAAUUGUAAAAUUCAGCUACUUGUUGUCAGAAAUAUUGUGGCCCAUUGUAUGAAAUAUCAUAAUUUUGGUAAAAAUUCUUGACUUUAUUAGCAUCUACCCAUGUUGAUCAACUUACCGGUAUAUUAUAAAAUGUUAAACAACUAUAUCUAUCAACCAAUCUUAUUGCUUAAAUUUUAUUCAGUUAACAUACAAAAUCAUUCUGUUACUUGUGAUUUAAUGUGGUUCUUGAAAUAGUCGAUUGAGACAGUGCUCAGAAACUCUGGCGGCUGUACUGGUGAACCUCC